AUGGCUUCAGCAGGAGCAUGGCCAGUGCUGGGAACGGAUGUGACCAUGAACCCCGGUGCCUCCUUGUCUACUUUCACGGCAGUGCCCUUCCCUCCACCCACUCCUGGCGCCCAGCACCGGCCACCCUGGCAGCAGCACCUGCCACGUCCCCUCACCCCAGCAUUCCCUCCUGGCAGCAGCCUGCUGCUGCCAGCUUUCCCCAGGACGCCUUUGGUGGCUAAUGGUGGCCGUGGCCCCAGUGCCCCUGGGGCUUGCAACCUCACUGUCCAAGUCAGGUCACAAGGGAGGACAGUGGAGGCCCCCCAGACUCAGACCUUUGUCGUUACUCAGGCCCCCCUCAACUGGAGCACUCCAGGGGCCCUCAGCAGGAGUGCUGCAUGUCCUGCACCCGAAUUCAUAGCAACCCCUGUGAUGGGGACCGUUGUGACUGCUCCAGCUGUUGGAGUUAGUCAGGCUGGCAAGGGAGGCUGGACCCCAGGCUUUCCUCCUCAAGCGCCACCACCAGCUGCCCAGCUGGCCCCUAUCAUUCGCCCAGUGAACUCUGGGCCAUGGCCACAUGGCACUUCCAGGGAGGGCCGCCUGGCCACCAACCAGCCCAACGCCUCGCAGGAUGGCUCCUCUAACACCCAGAGAGAGUACAGUAACUUCCGACGUUGGCAGCGCUUCAAGCCCCUGGCCCGGAGACACUUUCACCUGAGUCCUGAUGCAGAAGCUUUUUCCUGCUUUCUCAUCCCAGUGCUUCGAUCCCUGGCCCGCCUGAAGCCCACCAUGAUGCAGGAGGAGGGACUGUGGAGGGCCGUGCAGGAAUGGCGGCGCUUGAGCAACCUUGACCGGAUGAUCUACUACGAGAGGGCGGAAAAGUUCAUGGAAUUUGCGGCCGAGGAGGAGACGCACAUUCAGCAUUUGCACUGGAUGCAGUGCGCGCAGGACCUGCCUCCUCCAGCCCCACCGAAGCUGGAUCCUCGGGGCCCCCCAGCCCCGAAACCACACAGAUCCCAGUGGCCCCCGGAGCCCAAGGCGCCCAAGGAGAUUCCCCCUGAGACUGUGAGGGAGUAUGUGGACAGGAUGGAGGCGCUGGUGGGGCACAUCCACUCAGCCACAGGCAAGUCACAUGCAGAAUGUGGAAAGGACGGAAAUGAGCUGAAGCAGGAAGAGGACGACACCUACUUGGACCCGUGUCUCUUGAGCUACACUGACGAGCUGCGUUCCCGGGAACACUCUGUCACCAAGGUGGAGGCAGUCAUUCAUCCUCGAUUCCCGGCAGAAUUGUUUUCCCCGGACCCACAGCUGGAUGUCUUGGCCCUUGCUGAGGAGCUGGAGCAGGAGGAAGGACUCACCUCCUACCAACUGGUGCAGAAACGACUCCUGGACUUGAAAGAGGACGAGGGUGGGCCGGCAGCCCCGAGCCACAGUGCACCCGGAAUGGGCUCAAGUCCAUCUGAGUCCCACGCCGGCCAAGGUGCCCAGAGGCACGACCAAGACCGCCAUCGAGGGGUCAGUGAUGAAGCCUGCCCACCAGAGAUUGAUGUUGAGGCUCUUCAUAGGCCCAUCCGAACAGACACUGGCCCGUUCGUGCUCAGAGUCUUUGUUCCCUGUCGAGGACGUCAGGAGGUCUCUCCAUUCCAGGCCGGACGGCCCUCCCCUCCCCAGGGUCAAAAGCGCACUGGCCCUCUACUGGGACCCAGGGAUGCGUCUGUUCUCAGAGAGGCUUCUCCUGUUCCGGAGGCCCGAGGGCCCAGGGACGCGUCCAGUGAGAACGAGGAGGCGAUCCCCAGCCUGGCCUCCCUCUUGGCCUCUCCGCAGAGCCUGCCGCCUUGCGGUCUGUCCCAGAGUCCUGCCCCUGCCUCAGGCCUGGCCUCCCCUGGAGCUUGCUCACAGGAGCAGCAGGGGUGGGGGAGAGGUGUCUGCGGCCCCAGAUCUGGGUGGGAGCUGGGAUCCAUGCUGAGGAGUGUGGAGGCCUCAGUCACCGUCCUGCGGUUGCCGGCAGAGACUUCGAAUCAUCAGAGCAGGGGAAAUGACCCGCUCAUAAGGGCCCGCUGGGGUGGCAGCAUCAUCCCCACAGCUCGGUGGGGCAGCCCCACUCCUUCAGCUUGGUGGGGUGCCACCCACACUGCAGCUCUCUGUAGGGCCUCCACCUACACCAUGACUCUCUGUGAGGGCGACAAUCUCACACUUUGA